UAUGCAGCGCGCAUUUCAAAGAGGAGGAUUACCACUCAGGGGAUGCCAAGAUGGUCGCACUUUCUUUAAAAAGUAUGAGGAUGGCUAAGUUAAUUCCUACCGCCGUGCCGUCUGUGAAUGCAAACCUCUCUGCUUGUCCUGUCCCGAGGUCGAGAGACACCGUCUGCCGCAAGCGAUAUAUUGCCACGAAGAUGACAGAUACCUCACAGCAGGAGACCGUGGACAGUGUAGACACUGUGGAGAGUGUCGAUACUGGCGAUCAGCCCUUGUCCUCCUCCACUUCUGACGCUGUGACACAGUGUUAUUUGAAGCCCCCCCGAUGGUCUCGCGCUGUGCAGGUUAACCUGAAGCCCAAGAUGGUCAGCGUGGGCACACAGACGUCUUUCAGCCCACAAACCUCCACUCCCCUCGCUAGUCCUGAACAGACAGAUGAUGAAGAUGAUGAUAAUGCCUCUGUCGUUAGUGACUUAUCGUGGGUGCCCGAAGAGCCGAUGCAUGAGGAGGACUUGUUUGAUGAGGAGCCACCUUACGCGUGUGACCCCCACCACAAUGGCAUUGACAAAUUCAUUGUUUGCCAAGAGGAGCUGAUGGGCCUUUUUGCCAUCUGUCCGGCCUGUUGUGAGAGGUCAGAUAGUAGCAUCGUGCAGCAGGAAGGAACUUUUGUUAAGAUCAAGCAGGUACGGUUUUGUUUGCGCAGCAGGCCAUCUGGUUAGAAAAUCAGAAUAUCUAAUUACAAUCUGAUAGCUCUGACUGUCUUGCCAGAUAAUUUACAAUGUAUGUACCAGGCUGGCUUUAGUCUGUUGGUUUGUGAUGUGUUUUUUCCAUCUUUGUAAGUGGCAAUAAUUGUCGCUGUACCCCAUUCAAGGGGUCCUGCAUGCCGCAUGUCUGCUCCUCUGCCUGUUAUUUGCAUGAAAUUUGUUGUAUGUAAUUCAAAAUAAUUUACCAAUCAUUUUACCUGUGCCUUGUCAACCUCUGUGUGCGGUGUUGUCUGGGCUCACUGUGUGUCUGCUUGAUGUGCUUUUGCGUGUGUGUGUGUGUGAGAGAAACAAAAGAAACUGUGCAAACGUUUCAGGUCAGUAAUCUUCGUCCUUGUUCAGUAAAUGUUCAGUAACCGUUAAAAGCAAUGCCAAUAAACUGUGUUUUCUUAUCAAAA